CGGCGCCAGCCUAUAUUUUUCUGCGGGAAACCCAAAAAGUUGGUUCGCGGGGUUUUCGUCGCCGCCCAAAUUUGUGUAAAAUUCAGGCAUUGCGUUCCGUGUUCAGUUUUCUUUUUCUUAUUUUAUAAGUCGGUUCUUGUAAAAUUAUUAGAAUAAUUUGAUCAUUUAAUCUGUAAAGUACACGUGAAUCCACGAUCAUCGAUCAAAUUGAGCGAAGUUAAAAACUGUCUCAGCGAGCAGCCGGCGGCCAGCUAGCACAGCACUGGUUCAUCAGUGGUCUAGGUUGUGUAGGAUUUGUUGUGUGCAGUGUAGUUCGCAGAAUUCAGUGUGAUGAAUACGGCCGUCCGAAGAGUGAACCACACUCUUGGAGAAAUACAGAAGAAUUUGGAGUGUUCUAUAUGUCUAGAUUUGUUGAAAGAUCCCGUGUCCACAAAAUGUGACCACCAGUUUUGCAACUUUUGCAUCUUGGCUCUGCUGGAUAACAGCCGUCGUUCAACUGCUCCCUGUCCAUUGUGCAAAGAACCAGUCACUAAAAGGAGCUUGACUAGCAACGACCGCCUCAAUGAGAUUGUCCGAGCAGUUAGAAGUGUCGUCCAGGCUGUUGAAGAAGACACUGGCUUUAAGUGUACCCCACCCAGAGGUCCAAGAGUUCUCUCACAGCAGUCAAAGCCAUCCCCUCAAUCAGCCCAAAAAUCUGAUCAGAAUGAACCCAACAGAACAACGGGUGGUGCAACAAACAAGAAAUCCAAGACCACUCGAUCCAGCAAGAGAGGCAACCUGCGUCAAGCCAAGACAAGAGGCACUGGUUCUAUUCCUGUCUACAUCGACAGUGCCGACAGCGAUGAUUCUGAGGCCAGCACUCAAGGCGUCGUACUUAUAACUGAUUUUGACAGCAGUCAGGUUCAGAGGAGGUCCACAAGGAAAAGUAGCAAGAAAACAGGCAAUCGGAGACCCUUACAACCAGCCAAUCACGACGCCAAGACCAAGAAGAUAGGAGGCUCCUUCUCCAAACCUGUCCUUCCAAGCAACAAUCACAGUCAUCAGGAUGGGGAACUGGAAGAUGGGCCUCAUGUCUUGAUAAUCCCUGACGAAGGCUCUCUAGGAAUCUUGAAAAAUGAUAAACCUCAUGAAGAAAGACAAGCAGGAGAAUUGGAGAUGUUGCCAGGAGUAAGCCAUCAACCAGAUGAGGGUCUCUUGCAAGCAUUUGAUCAGGAAUCCCUUGGAGUGCGUGCAGGCCAAGUGGGAGAAAGUACAUCGCAAGAGGAGAACAGAGAUGAAAAAACUACCAACCAGGUUUUUUCGGAAGUGGAUUGCCCUGAUUUAAAUGAAUCUUCUCUUAGCUCAGAUGUAGAUGCUUUACAUCCGGUAAGCAUCGGCAACAAGUUGAUGAAACAACCUGCAAUCAAAGGCAGCUUUUCUUCAUCGGCUGAUGAGGACCCUGGAGACGAUCCAUACGAGUUUGUUCCAAGUCAGCGCACUCCAAGGAAGCCAAAACCGAAACGUGGCCGGAGGCAGAAGAAUCCAAGCGGCAAGGCUGCCAAGGAGUUUGACUACAUGAAGUGGAAGAAGGGAGGGAGUGCUGAGAAGAAAAAUCCCUUGGGGAGUCAGGCAGUUUUUAGUCAACCUGCAACUCAGAACGAAGUCUCACAAAGUGCGGAUGAAUCUCCCCAAGCCCAUAAGGAGGGUUUAUUCAAAAUACCAUCUGAUAAGGCAAGAAGUUCAAAAGUUGAUAAGUGGGCAGUUUCUCAAAGCAAUCAGGUGGAAAUCAUAGAGCCUGUGGUACCAGCAAGAUGUGAUGAUGAAGGGACAGGAAGCCUCCAAGGAAGGAUGCAUAGUAGACAACAGAAACAAGUCUUUGCUACUAAGAAGGCUCAUCAUUCUGAAGAAGCUGUCGCAAACAAGGCAGAAACAUCAGACCCUACUGUAAAAACAUCAAACAGCUCCACAGACCAACAUGAUGAGGCAACAACUGAAGAGAUGACAAAGCCAAACACAAGAGGAAAACAACAGAAUAUCAAAAACAGGAAACAACAGGAGCCACUUGAAGAACCACCCGCCAGGAGAUUGAGGAGCAGAGCUAAAACUCAAGACACCAGCGAUGAAAUUGCACAGGCUCAUCAGUGCAAUCCUCAAGAAGAGUUGAAGGUGCAAAUCAAACAGAGCGGCUCAUCACUGAAAGACAGAAAGGCUGACGAUGCAAACGAAAGCAGAAGCUCAGCAGCUGCAGAGCCUGAGGUCUCUUGGAAGGACAAUGAAGCAAGGCAAGAACUUGUGGAUUCACACUUGUCAGGUAUGAGUAGUGAUGAAGAUGGGGAUUACGGGUUUGAGGAUGUCAGCUUUCAUGAGGAUAGUGAUGAAGACUGCACCCCAGUGAGUAUCACUGGCCCGUCCUAUGAGCAAUCCACUGAGGAGACAGGAGCUAACCCUCUGGUAUUCCAAGAUGACGAACUGCAGAGAAGGCACGCGAGAUGCACAGAGUUGCAACUUGUAAAAACAUCUCACCAUCCUGCUAAAGAAGCACAAGACGAUAAAGAUGAUGGACCAGGGGUGAUGGAGUGCUCCCAGCCUGUUGUUAAAAAGCACAGUCCCCUGUCUACGUUGGGUGCUUUUGGACAGGUGUACAAGAGAGGGAGUCGAAGAAUUCAAAAGAGCCCUGGAGAAGUGGAUCUUGCUGAACUUGGAGACAAAAGUCUUGAUGACAAAGUUCAGAGGAUGUACCCAAACAAUGAAGACAUGAAUCACAGUUUCAAAGACGAGCAUUUGGUGUCUUGUAUUACAGAGAAUGUUGAAGAUGAUGGCGUCACUGAACGAGGCAUCGACGAUCGUACAAAAUCUAAUGAUGCAGGAUGUGUCACUCCUCAUGGGAACACUUCUCAGCCUGUUGUCUCACAGCCAGACCUGUUCGAUAAAGACAACCAAGCAGAUGAUAAACCUAUUGACCUCACAGAAGAAUCAGAUAUAGAGGGCUCAGGGGAAGAACUGAUCUGUGACCUCCAAGAAGUGAGACGGCCCCCUUCUAGAGCUGAUGUAGCAGGGAAGCAUCUAGCAGAAAAACUUCCAAAUGAUGUGGCAGCAAUCAAAAGUGACUGGGAGCUGGCCCUGGAACUGGCAAAAGAGUUUGACACCGAGCCCCGUCAGUUCAGUCUUAGAUCUUCAAGGAGAGGUAGGAAGGAUCCUGAGGCUAUAGAUGAGUCAGCCCAUCUGAGUAGAACCAAACCAGAGCUGGAUGUGUCCGUCCAAAGCAAGAGAAGUCAUGAGACGAGUGGGUCGAUAGGAGCAGGUGUCAAGGAGUGCAAAAAUCCAGGAGAUGUUGGUGAAACCUCUGAGCCUCAGAAGGAGGAUCGCACUAUAACAGCUGGCAAGAAAACACUGAGACAAACCCAGCGCUCAGAGAGAAGCGACGUCAGGCAAGACAAGGAUCCAAGUACAAAAGGCAAGGGGAAGAGACGUAAGAGGCACUCAUCAGGUCUGUCACUGACUCGUCAUGGAGUGGAUGGUUUGGAGGGUGGGAAGAUUGAAUCUUAUGAUUCUAAUCCGGAAUGUGGCCAAUCAAAAUUAGAGAAAGAAAAGCCAGUCCCUUCGUUAGUUGAACCAGCCGCUGACAGUGAAUUACAAGUACUGGCCGAUCCAGAUUUGCAACUUUCCAAAUUGACCGUAAAAGAUGCAAGAAUCCUUCCAAACAGGAAUCAAGACAAACGAUCUAUUCACAAAGUCCGAGAAAACUCGCAACCAAGGAUGAAUCUCUCGAGCAGUCAAACUAAAGAUGGCUCAAAUAAUGAUGCAGAAGGGAAAACUAUUUCAAAGAGAAAUACCAGACAGAGCAGUGGAAACUCAAAUAACAUCGCAGGAAGUACAACCCCUUUAAAUCAACCCGAAAAGGUGGCAGCUGAAGUGGCAGGUUCUGGCUCUAGAAUGAGGAAGACAAGAUCCACCUCAGAGAAAAUACAUCUAAAGUCCCUCGUCUCUCCAAAUAAAGUUACCGAUGAGAAUUCUUCUGAAACAUCUUCCAUCACCAAGGAAUCUUCCCUGACUCCAGAGAUGGCAAGCAAGCAUGCCACCGAAUCUGCAAGCUUGUUCACUGAAGAUUUCAGACAACCUGUGGCCGAACAGCUCCCAGAACACACGCCCAGACGCACACGGAGCCAAACCCAGGGUCAUUUCGUAGGGGUGCCAAGUGAAGGCGAUGGAUGUGAAGGAGAUACUGAUGGAGACACAACGGAGUCCAUUGACCUUGGUGUAGAAGCAAAUGAUAAAGGAAUGACUCACAGCCCUCUAGUUGCUGCUACUCAUCUGUCAGGCUCAGAUACAGAUUCCAUCGAGCUUGAUGCUGACUCUGAAGACACCAGAUUCGUUCAGCCGAUUCCUUCUCUAGAGAGGCCUAGGAGGAGUCAGACUUCUACAACUGCAAGAACAUCGGUAAGUAAGGAUCCUAACCAGAGCUCAAAGGAAGGUAUUGCAGAGAAGGAGGUAAAACCAGCAGUUUGUUCUCCAAGGAUCCCCAGCCAGAAAAUGGUAACUCCCGAGAUGAGUCCUGAAGGAAAUAUAACCAAGAUGGGGGUAAUUAAACGUGAGCCAACAGAAAUAUCAAGGAACACUGUAACUGAGUCUAUUCCAUCACAGGCCACCCAGGAAUCUUCCCAGAGUACGACUCUAUCAGUAAAGAGUGCCAAAAAGGAAACGAGGGGCCCCACAAUAGAGAGUCCUGUGGUAUCAGGAAACCUCAAGACAUCUGGGAAAAAUCUGUCACGUCUCAGUUCAAAGCGAGGACUGAAGGCUUCACCUGGAGCUGCCUCUGCGAAAUCCUUUGGAGAUUCCUCUUCCAACCAAGAGAGUGAGAGAGUGCUCAUCCCACCUCCUGAUCACUAUCAGAAAAACUUUGAGAAAGCCAACAAUACAAGUUCUUCAACCAGCCAAGAGCCGAUCCAAGAAAGUCAUCCUUCCUCAUUGAGGAGCAGGUUGUCAUCAAAGAGAAAGUCCUGUCCCGAAGAAAGGAGCUCCAAUGACAUGAAACCCUCCAACAAGAGGCACAGAAGUGCAGGUGCUACGGGCUUGGAAAUCCAACAUUGGGAUAUGGGAAGCAGAAGGAGGAGCGAGCGUCUAAGCCGGCCAGCAGCCUCGGUGCACAGAGACGGCAGUCCUUGCAGAUCUUCAAAAGAAUCGGAAGACAUUCCUGCCUCUCUUGAAAGUGCUGGACCCAUUUCUGGUGGCUGUGUUACCACCAAGGCAGAAAAUGAUUCGGCUGCUAAUAUUCAGACAAGGCGCAAAAGCAGGAACCAGUCUAGGAGCCAAAAGUCUUUAUCAGGAAGUAAAGAUACAACUUCCCAACAAGCUGUACCAGCAGGUUCACCACAACAGAACAACAACUUAAGCCAAACUCUUGGCUCCUGUCCACUCUUUGAGGAAGACAGUCCUAGAUCAUGUCCAUCCCAGCAGCUUACAAGGAGCCAAGAUUCUGCACCUCAAGACAUUUCAGCCUGUGGUAUUGAAACCUGUGAUACUUUUCACACAGCAACUGCAGGAAGUUCUUCAUUGUUCUCAAAUUCAAAAAUUAGUCCUUUGUGCUCUGAAAAAUCUUCUGGUGAACAAAGAAACAAAAAGAUUAUCUUCAAACAAAAGAGCAACAAGUGCGUCACAAAUAAACCUGAAAAUAAAGGAGUGGAAGAAUCACACAAUCACCGAAGUGACUCACUACAGAAGAAGUUGACGUCUGAAGAAAAUAUUGAAGACUCAAGUAAGUCCUUGUUUGCAGAUAGCAGCUCUGACUACUCCAAGAAGCAAAGUACAUUGUCCAGCAAAGCGUCAAGCUCAUUAAGGUCAUCUGAUACAUCAAGGGCAUCACUGUCGAUUCCCUUCCAAGGAAAACCACAAGAUGCAAGAUCCAAGAGAAUUUCAGAAACUCCUGGCAAUAGAUCUGUUUAUGCUUUCAAACCACCCUUCGAAGAAUGUGUACCAGCAAGUGAAGGGGCCUCAGUCAGUCCUGAGAACCUCUCUGAUCCUAUCGUCAUGGCUCGCAGACACCUUCAUGGUCGGGAAGAAGAUGUUAACUCAAGUCUUCUUGAAACUCCUGAAAAUGCAAAAGAUAUUAAGUCAGCUUCCAAGAAUCAUGCUGCUGGGCAAGGUGAACAACCAGCAUCUGGAAGUUUGAGCAAGAAGAGAUUCAGCUUCAAGAGAAAAAGUAUGAGGAGCCAGGACACAGAUGUCAGCUUCUCAAGCCAAAGGGAAUCAAAUGCCGAGGCGGUGACAGAAGGAAUCCAAGAGGUCAUUUAUUCAAGUUUCAGCAACACGCCAUCCUCUGCUCCGACAGACAAACAUCCAAGCCCAAGGAGACAGCAAGUGCAACAGGUGAGCAGCUCUGAUGGUCUUGGUCCUGAGCCAACGUCAUCACUGAGUCCAAAUUCUAAGACAAGAAAGAGAAAGAGCUCAACACUUACAGCAGGCAAAGCAAAGCAGUCCAGACAAGACGAAACUCUACAAGAAAAUAAUCGGAGUCAAACCAGUGUCGAGGCUCCUGGAGAAGUAGAUCAGCAGUUGGACUCAAGUGGUGAUGUUGAGAUGGUCAGUGCUGAGGAUGAUCAACCUCAUCACGACAAUGGGGAAGAUGGGAAAGCAGACGAGGACGAUGAUGUUAGUGAGGGUGAUGUCGGUGAAGAAGGAAACGAGGAUGGACAAGAUGAGGAUGAGAAUGAUUGUGAAGAUGUUGCUGACGAUGAUCAGGAAGAUGAUGAUGAUGACGAGGAUGACGAUGAUGAUGUCAUUAUUCCACCAACUCCACCCUGCCAGCCCACAACCAACUUCCAAACUUGUAAGCGACCUGCCUACCUCAUCCACUCGGCCUCUUCCGCAUCAAGCAACCUCAGCAUCCAUUCAACCAGGAACAUGACAUCAAGACAUCCUAAAGAUCCAGCCAAAUCCAGCUCCGUCCAGAUCAGUGCAUUUCAUUCAAGUCAAAGAUCAGGAGACAGCCUGAAGACAAAUCCUAACAUCAAGGAGAGUGUCUUCGAGAAAAGUAGCCAUGGCAGUGGAAAAGCAAAAACUAAAAUUGAUGCAGGAAACAGCAGGGGUGGCUAUCACUCGGAGAAUGAUGACAUGGCUGACAAUUCCUUUGAGAGAAGAGCCUUUCCCUUGAGUAGUAGCCCUGUGGAGAAAAAUGCAAGUGAAGAUGCUGCAGAAAAUAGCCAGAGUCUCAGCAUCCUUCAAGGCUUUGUCCAAGAUGACUUCUUAAAAGAUAACUGCAAGAAAAGUCCCAGGAGGAGGUCUUCCUCCAGAAGCAACAGGAAGAGGCAGCACAUGGAACAAGAUAGAGAGGAUGAUCUAGAAGUUCAUAGAGAUACUAGAGGAAGGGAAGAUAAGGGAGGAGUCUUUUCAAAUGUCCCUGAUAAGAGUUCUUCAAACGGGAGCAAACAGAAAAGGCAGCCGAAUAACAAGGCUGCAGAUGCUCAUGAGGAAACCUUGAGAGGAAGUAGGAGAAAUACACCAAAGGAGCUUGCAGGAGGAGAUAUGUCAGAUAAAGCCAAUAACAUCAGGGAAGCGGGGAAAGAUGCAGCAAGUGUCAGCCAAGAGGAGGAAGAUGACCAAAGAGAUGAGGACAUACUCACUUACAGGCAUUAUGACACUGAGGGAUCCACCUGUUCUGAGAGCAGCAGUAGCCAUCAUCUGAAUCUGACUAGUGCCUCCUCCGUUCUAUCCAGUCAGAGUGAACUCAUGAACACACAGCAACGACAAAAGGCUAAGGAAUCGCUGCAGAAGAUGGCUCUUGAGAUAGCACAGAUUGAGGCAGCGCUAGAGGACGACGCAAGUACCGGCAAACACCCUGACACGACCCCUGCCAAACACCCUGACACGACCCCUGCCAAACACCCUGAAAAUGAUGAAGACCACACUCACCUCUCUCAUCAAGACGGGAAUCAUGAUAAACUUGGUUCCAAGUCUCAUUCCGAUCAUGAUGAUUUGGAUCUACAUGAUGACCCCAUCUCUCAGGAUGACCCCAUCUCCCAGGAUGACCCCAUUUCCCAGGUUGACCCUUGCCCUGUAUCAGACGACCUUUGUACCCCAGGCGACCUUUUUGACUCAUCUGACCCCUGUCCGCAUGAUACCAAUGACAAUGUACCCAAAGAUGUUUGUACAUCGGAAUCCCACAUGGAUACUCCAGAUGGUAUUAGCCACCCAUCCAAAAGGUCAAGUAACAAUCAGAGGUCAACAUUUUUGACCUCUAAGAGGUCAAGGCCAGUGAUUUCAGACGACGAAUCAGAAUCUGAAGAAGAUGCUUGUGAUGAAUUCAUUGAUGUCAACAAGUCUAGACGUAGCAUUGAAAUGCAUGAUGAUGUUCACUCAGUCAGUGGUUUAUCAAGGACUCACUCAGAGGUACCAGGAGAAAUAACCUGCAUCAGUGACUCAGAAAGGAGCAUGCGAAAGAAGCUGCAAACGCAGAGAGGAAAUCCUGGCAACCUGUCCCCUCUCUGUGUGAGUAAGUCGACCACCAAGAGGUCAUCACCCUUUGCCAUUGAAGAUGCUACUUUAAUUGGUAACUUAUCAAAAUCUGAGUUAGAGAUUCCUGGUGUCACAACGUACGGAAGUGAUUCAGAUCUGAGCGAACAGGAGGAGCCAGACAUAUCCUCAGGAAGUCCUCGAUCUCCCUCGCCUCCUCGCUCGCCUUCCCCUCCUCCAGAGCUGUCUCAGUCGGCAGCAAGAAGAGCAUCUUUACUCGCGAACCUGCCAGAGAGUGUCCAAGCUGUGAGUCGCUUAGUGGAGAAGAUCAGAUCGCAGGGGGGUUCCAAUCACAGAUCAUCAUCUAUCAAGGAAGUGGGGAACACUUUGAAGUCAAGGAAUAGUGUUGGUGGGUCAAGCAAGCAUCUUCGGUUGCAGAUUGCAAGUGAUUCGGAGUCCGACGAUGAAGAGUACAGAGCCUCUUCACCAAAGCCACGCUCAAGACACGUGCAAAGAUCCGUAACAAGACAGACGACUCCUAGACAGAGCACCUCAGGCUGGAAGAGCAAAACACUUGAGAUGCUGUCGGAUAGUCGCUUGAAGAACAAACCCAGGAAUGCCACUCCAAACUCGGGAGGAAAUAAACACACCACCCCUGCCCGAAAACCCAGACAGCCUACCAAAACAGUACUGGGCAGUGAGAAGCGUUCAUACCAGUCAAAGCAAAGGGGUGAUCAGCAUCAAGACAAGAGCCCAGAUGAGAGAUCUCCGAGCCCUGUCAUUGGACGGAGUUUGCUGACCACACCUGCUGCCAAGAAGAAGACCAAACCCAUGUCGUUUGUCACAACAGGCCUGAAUAGGACAGACAUGAGGGAUGUAGAACAACUCACGAAGCGUUUCGGAUGUCGCUUUGCAAGCACCUUCAAUGCCUGCACAACUCAUGUUAUCGUCAACACCGAUGAUGAUUUUGUGUGUGAGAGGACACUGAAAUACUUCCAAGGUAUCGCUGCCAGAGUUUGGGUUGUCAGCUUUAAAUGGGUGACAGCCUGCCUGAAGACAGAACAACUCCUACCCGAAGAACCGUUUGAGAUACAAGGCGACGUAGUCAAUGGUUCCUCUCACAACGGACCACAGAGAGCCAGGCUGUGCGGUGGGCCUUACCCUCUGCAUAGGCACGACGUCUGCUGCGUGGGACCGUUUACAGGCCUCAACAAAGAGCAACUGGUUUCCUUGCUAGAGUUGAUGGGAGCCGGCACGGUCCAGCAUCCGUCUCUGUUCCCGUACAGUGCAGGACGCAAGACGGUCAUCAUCGCGCAGGCUGAGGCUACUGACUCCGAGCACGAUUACGAUGCACUUUACAAAAAGUACCGAGUGCCUGUCAUCUCCAGAGAGUGGGUCCUCGACAUCAUAGCAACCUACAAGAUUCAACCAAUGACAGACUAUCUUCUAUCUUUAAGUGGGAGCUCUCAGCCAAUCAUAGAUCUCGAUAGUGAUGAAAACUGAGAGCAUAGAUGUUGCUUAGCAACCAAUAAAAUCUAGCCAAUGGCUAAGUUUGUUCAAUUUUUUAAUUGGGGCUGUCAGCCAAUCAGAGAUCUUGACAUUAACAAUGCUCAACAACAUUAUGAAACUAGCCAGUAGCAGACUCUCUUCUCUAUUGAAACGAGAGCCAUCAGCCAAUCAGACAGUAAUAAGAUGGGAAGAACUUAAAGAUUGGAAGGACAAACUAUUCACACUGUUUUGUAGUUUUAAUUUGACUGGGAAUAAGAAAUGUAAUAAAACUAUUGAGCAUAAACGUUUACUUUUGCUUCACUUGUACAAAUGCGCUUAUCUUCUUUUUUUCACUAUAAUAUUAUAGAUGAUGUAAAUUUAAAUUCCAAAACUGAAAAAAAACCCUUUAAAUAGUUAGUUCAAACAAUUUGCUAGAAAGUAUCCCUUAUUUGCGUUCUUCAACAAAAGGCUAGAAAUGAGUUUAGAGGUAAAUUUCUGAGCCUCAAUCGAAAUAUUUGAAUACACCAUUUAUUGGCAGUGUACAUGCAUUGUUUUAGGAGAAAAAUUUUCAUUGUAAAUAUUUUGAUUUAAAACGAUCUCAUCUGUACUCAUUUUACAGCAAUUAACAUUUGAAAUCCUUGCUCAGAUGUCUUUGUUAAUUUUCAGAAACAACUUUUAUACAUUGUAUACUUCAAAUUGAUAUAUGAUUUCUUUGAAUAAAGAAAAAAGAAUCGAAUUCAAUUUGCAAUCUGGGAAUUCAAUCCUGUGUGAAACUGCCAAA